UUUACACAUCACAUGAGUGAUCCUUCCAUUACACAAGCAUAAACACUUUGAGCUCCUUUGUUUUCCCAUCCACUUCAUUUUCUUCUUCCCUUCCAAACUCUCAUCCAAACUUCCAUCUCCACUCUUUUCCACCAACGAUGUCGGUGAAAGAAUGCGGCGACCAUGGAAAAUGCCGCCGGAAAAUCUUCCGACGGAUCAUCGCCGGCAUCCUAAUCUUCCUCCUGAUAGUCCUCAUAACAAUUCUCCUCAUCUGGGCAAUCCUUCGCCCUAGCAAGCCCAGGUUCAUCCUCCAAGACACAACCGUGUACGCCUUCAACGCCUCCACCCCCAACCUCCUCACCUCCAAUUUGCAGAUCACUCUAUCUUCUCGGAACCCCAACGACAGAAUCGGCAUUUACUAUGACCGCCUCGACGUUUACGCCACUUACAACAACCAGCAAAUCACACUCCGAACAUCCAUCCCUCCGACGUACCAGGGUCACAACGAGAUAAACGUCUGGUCGCCCUUCAUCAACGGCAACUCGGUGCCCAUUGCCCCUGAAUUCUGCGCCAGUUUGGAAUCCCAACAGGCAGCCGGGUCGGUUUUCUUGAUUAUCAAGAUUGAUGGAAGGGUGAGAUGGAAAGUUGGAGCUUUCGUCUCCGGAAGAUAUCACCUUUACGUUAGGUGUCCGGCUUAUAUCACCUUCGGGAGCAGAAGCACCGGAGUUGUGGUCGGAGAAAACGCUAUUAAGUACCAGCUCGUCACUAGAUGCAGUGUUACCGUCUGAAAAUGGCAAUGUCUGAGGAAGAAGACAGUGAAGAAAUAAACGUCGUUUAGUAUAUCGUUUGUUUAUCUCGGUCUUAAUAUUUUAACUUUCUUCCUUUAUACAUAUAGAGCUGCAGUAAAUUGUACAUUUUGCUAUAGAAUAAAUGAGAAAUAAUUUGAUACGAGGGAAAAAAGAUAGCAAAAUUUACAAUUAAAUAUGUGAACAAGUUGUAGAGAUUUUAAAUUUAUGAAAAAUAUUUUGUGAUCAAUAAGAAAUAUUUUUCAGUGAAUA